AUCCUGAACAAGAAUUGUUAAAUAAUGAUACUUCCUUACCAAACGGUUUACGGAGAUUACGAGAAGAUUGGCCUCCAAAAAAAAAUAACCCCAAAAAAAUUAAUCAUCUUGAAAUUGCCCGGUUUUCAACAGAAUCGUUACAUAGUUAUAAUUUUGUCUCAAGCGAUGCUUCAAUGUACGAAAAUAGGCAAAAUAUUCUUCGUCGCUCCAUUGAUUUCAUGAAAAGCAAAAUAAAAGGAUGGAAAAUUUUAGAUGUGCAUCAGGUUCUAUUUUCACUCGUGGAACCUGCAACUGGCUCAUCUACGGAUAUUGUUCUUCCUCAAGAGGAAACCGAUGCUGAUGAGUCACGUUCACCUCGAAAACCUAAAGGAACAUUAGCUAUUAUUACUACAGAUUAUCAGGGAAAUAUAUUAAAUGCCAACGACAUUGCUUGCUUGAUAUUCAGUUAUUCACGAGCUGAAAUAUCAACCAUAAAGGCAUUUGACCUGAUUGCCAGCCCUUAUAGGGAAAAGCAAGAAAAAUCUCUUGCUUUAAGACCUCAAAAUAAUCAUGAUAGUUGUGAAGCUGUGUUAGCUUGCGGUAAAGAAACAUCUGCUGCUUCUUUAUGGCUCAAAGCCAAAAAAGAUGAUAUAGGAAAUUCCAUUUUCAUUUGGAUAUUUGAAGAGAUUGUUGAAUCCAUGAUGAUUGCUGAAAUAGAUGAUAAGGGUAUAAUACAUAGUUCAUCUGGUGACGUAAAAGCCUUGUAUGGUUACACUCCCGAAGAAAUUAUUGGAAUGCGCGUGACCACCUUAAUCCCCUCAUUGGAAUAUUAUGGAAGUCGGUCAAAAAAUUGUGCAAAGUUUCCAAUCAUCGGAAAAAUAUCGACUCAAUCAGUUCGGGAAGCAAUGCAAGAUCAAGGAUCUACCAUAUACCGACUUAAAAUUAUAUCUAUGCCUACUAUUGCUGGUGUUAUAACUGCACAUGCAACUGGUAUCAUUCAGUCAUGUAAUUCUGUCUUUGUCAAAUACCUAUUUGGUGUGGGAUCUCAAGAGUUAGUCGGAAAACGUUGUAUUGAGUCACUUUUACCUCAAUUUCCUCGUCUUCUUGGUGUACUUACAUCAGAACGAUCUCUUGUUGAAGGGGUUUUAAUUUCAGAGAAUGCCUUUAGACGUGCGGCUGCAUCUAUCUCUUCUACAUCAGCAGAUAAGUUUCUUUAUUCUCAUACAAAGGACUUUUCUUCUGCUACUCCUCCUAUACCGGGGCCUUCUGGUAUAAUAGCUAUACACAGGGAUGGUACUGAAUUUGACGUAGAUAUUCAAAUGCGUGUUGUUGAAUCUCCUGAUGAGCCAUUGCAUGCAUUGUGGAUUACUUAUGAUCGUAGUGCCAAUUUCGCAAAAGAGCAAGCAUAUUUUGAUCGUGUUGAAAAUCAUGAAAAUCAUGUGGAGAAGUUUGAAACUAGUAGGAAUAUAGAAGACGAAAAAAUACAAGAGGAAAAGGAAAAUUUUCAUAUAUCUAAAUUCAUAGCAGCGGGAGGCAAACCUCCUUUAUCUACACAUCUUUCGUCUGAUCGGCAAAUAAUUACACCUCCUGUGAUGUCACCUGCACCCGAGCCUUUCGAUCCAAUGUCAUAUUCAGCAAUAACAUUGGCAAAGACAAUUGAUGAUUUUGAAAUAUUAGAUAACUUAGGUCAGGGUGCUUAUGGCCAAGUCAAGUUAGCUUAUAAUAAAAAUGAUCUUGAAAAGAAAAGAGUAGUGCUCAAAUAUGUCGUGAAGUCACGAAUACUUGUGGACUGUUGGACUCGUGAUAAAGUACUUGGUACUGUCCCAUUAGAGAUUCAUAUCCUUCAUACAUUAAGACGAUUUCCUCAUCCAAAUAUUGUACAAAUGGUGGACUUUUUUGAAGAUGAUGACUAUUAUUAUAUAGAAAUGGGUUUGCAUGGUGCUGGUAUGGAUCUCUUUGAUUACAUAGAACUGAACACUGCAAUGGCUGAAGAUGAGAUAAAACUUAUUUUCCGUCAAGUUGCACGUGCUAUCCAGCAUUUACAUCAUAGAAAUAUCGUCCAUCGCGAUAUUAAGGACGAGAAUGUGAUACUCGACGAAAAUGGGAAUGUUCAAUUGAUUGAUUUUGGAUCUAGCGCAUAUAUAAAAGCAGGUAAAAAGUAUGAUACUUUUUGUGGAACUAUUGACUAUGCUGCGCCUGAGGUCUUGACCGGAAAAAAAUAUGAUGGUCCACCACAAGACAUUUGGGCUUUGGGUAUUUUGUUAUAUACACUCAUUUACAAGGAGAACCCGUUCUAUAAUAUUGAUGAAAUUAUUGCUAGAGAUCUUAGAAUUCCUUAUAUAUUAUCUGAUGGUUCAAUCGAUCUUGUUAAGAAAAUGCUUGAUCGUGACGUAGAUAAGCGUCCAUCGAUAGAUGAUGUCUUAAAUCAUCAGUGGUUGCGGGAGGAAUGA